GUAAAGCUUUAGCUGCCAUACGGCGUUUCAGCGUAUGUCUGGAAGUAUGGUCUAUUUUUUUCUGUCUCUUUUCGUCUGAUUUGACGAGGUUCGAUCCGCGGGUGGCUCUAACCUUUUUUUGAUCACUUAUCACAGGGUCGUAGCCAGGCAAUAGCCCCACCAAAAAGUUGCUCGAACCACUGAAAGUUGCUAAAAAGUUGCCAUAAGCACAAUCUACAUAUGCCUAUUCGCGACGGGUGGGAAACGAUCAGUUUUCUCGGAUCUUAGGGGGGCACUUUGUUUUCGAAAAGAGCCAUGGGAAGAAUAAUACACAGCUUUCCCACUAUGCUUAGCGUACAAAUCUUGCUUGUGAUGUACGUCAGAAGAGAAUGUUUCACUUGGGACUAGAUUUUUUUUGUUAUGUUUAUUUCGACGAUUAAGCAAAAUGGCAGUAAUUGUAAAGUCUGGGCUGCCCUAAUCUCUGAAGACAGACUCUAUUGAUCUCCUUGAGUGCCAACCAAUCCUCUAAUGAUGGGUUAAAGUAAAUAGCAAUUCAAAGUCAUUCAAUAACCCCAAAUAAAAUUAACACAUUUCCCUAAGAUUUCGAUACGCAAACUACUAUACGGAAUUGGAAUUUUUCUGUGUGAAGGCGCGUUUUCUAGGCGUUGUAAUGCGAAUUAUGAAAUGCUAAAAAUAAUGGAGCCAAAAUAAUAUUGUUUUGUCACGAGCGACAGGUUUUAUUGUUUUGGCAAUCUUGGACGGGAAGAUCGGAACAAUUAAACUUGUCAUUAAUUUAUUUAGUUUCUUUCAGACGCGAUGUCAACAAAGCAUUGCUGGGAAGCUUUCUCACGCCUUUAUAAAUCUAUUGUUGUUGGGCUAUUUUCGACCGCAUGCAUGGGUAAACACAUGAGAGCUGUUCUUUGAGAGUGAAUAAUACCAGAGGUAUCCUAGUGAACGAGAUGGUUAAACACCUGAAUUGACAUUAAUGAAGUCGUCAAAUUUAGUUUGAUUUUUCAUUAGAGGAUGGCGUCUAAUUUACGCACUAGUUCUAAGGGAACUAUGGAGUCUGAACCCGCCGUUAAGGCGAAGGGAGCAAAUAAACAUCUUACUCUACAAAACGCAAGAGCAACAGAAAACUGGCUUCGUGUCAAAAACGUGUUGGACAAGCAGAAAAAGGAAAUCUCGAGCAAAUUUGAAGAAGAUAAAAGUAAGUUAUUGAAACAACGGGAGAAAAUGCAGUUUACUUCACUCAGUCUUACAGCCGUACCAGAGAAAGACGAAGGAAGUUCAGACAAAGCGAAAAAUCAAAGACGAAUGACUUUUGCCGAUGUUUACGAUGCGCUCAUGAUGACUAUGAAAGAGCAAAGAAAUCAAGACUCGAGAAGCACUUCGUCUGAGCCAACAUUUCGUCGAGGAAGUACUGUCAGCUACGAUUUGAAAAAAGUUACUCGCAAACCAAUGAGCUUUUCGUUACAGAGUCUACAAAAGGCGAACAUGAAUUUGCACAACAUGCAAGAAGUACCCGAAAACGAUUCAGACGACGAAGAAACCGAGCAAAGCGAGGAGAAAGCUGGGGUCUUUGAGCUGAGCGAAGAAGAGAAAUUAUUAGGACCAACAUUAAGGCUUCCUCCGACGGCCCUCCCACCAAUCCACAACCAAAAUGUGUUCAAGCCACAAAGUCGUAACUUCGAGCGAAGGACCAAAAAUAACCCUGACGUAAAGAUCGAGGAACUCAGAUACUGUCGGUACUUGAGGACGGGGAGCAGGGAAGGAAGGAGGAGUUCUGUGCCUGCAAUUAGCCCCGUGAGGGAUAGAGUGCCUAGAAACCCUUUAGGAAGACGAUAGAGCAGCUACUACAACAUUGGAUAAUCUAUACAAUACACUUCAAUAAAGUACCUGUUGGUUCUGUAAUUCAAAAUUCAAGUGCCUUAUCACAAAACAAAAAUAAAACAAAAUAUCAUGGAGGGUAUUAUUAAAAUAUGGAGUAUAGAGAAAAUGCAGCAAUUAUUAGUGUGGCUGCCCUAAUUUUUAUCUAAAAACUAUAGAUAAAAACCUUGUUCUCUCAAUUAUCAAAUAAACACCUUAUAAAAUAAUUAUUAUUAAAAUAUGGAGUAUAAAGAAAA